AUGGCCUUCUCAGGACACAAUCCGCCUGAGCCGUUGGCGCCCAGUCCAACCCCGGUCCCAGACAUGUAUCGGAACCGCCUGCCCACGCUGUUCGAGGUCCUGAGUCGCCGCACUCACCCUCCCGUUGAUUUGUUCUCCUUCUACAUCUACAUGCGAGACCAGCAGCGGUCUGUGGACUACCUGGACUUCUGGCUCGACGUCGCCCAGCACAUGUCGCUGUGCCGCCAUUUUGUACGAGAACUCCGCAGAUCUGUAUUGGUUGGGACGCCGGACCUUGAGAAGGAUGACAAGUCGAAGCGGUCUUCCAUGGCCCUGGAAGCCAUGGGCGACUUGGGCGGCUCCACGGCCGGCCCCUCGCACUUUGCAACCGAGAAGGAGAGAGACCAGAACGCCCAGAUGUCGGCCUACCUCCGCGAGCAGCCUGCGACACCUGGCCUGCACCACGACUCCCCUGCUAGCAGUCAGGAGCGUCGAACCCGUGCCAGCACCCAGCUCAGCACCCCCCGCCACAUGACCACCGACUCUAAUUCACCCGCCCACGCUGUUGCUAGAGAGGAUAUCCGGGCGAGCGCCGAGAAGAUCCUGUACACCUUCCUGCUGCCCGGUGCUGAACGUGAGAUCACCCUGCCAGGCUCGAUCACCCAGGACAUCACAAUUGCCAUUGAACAGGAUGGACGUGAUGACCCUGAGGUGUUUGACGUGGCUAAGGACUAUGUCUUCCAGGCGAUGGAGCGUGAUGCUUUCCCUGGUUUCCUGCGGGCCCGCGCCCUGGGUAACUUGAUCCCGCCCACCAUCGUCGCUAGGCUGAUUGUCGGCCUGAUUGCCAUGUUUGGAGGCUUCUGGACGGCAUUCAUUCUCAUCUUCCUAGACCGAUCAAGAACCACUCGGUGCUGGGUGAUAUUGCCUUUCACGAUUGGCGUUUACCUGCUUGCCUCCUACCAGUACUCCUUGGAUCCGAUUAUGGCUCUCCUCGGCUAUACCGAGUACACGACUUUCCACCUCUCACGUAUCCGAGAACCGUAUGUCCGCAAGCUGCUUAUCAAGCGCUCCUUCAUGGUCAUCGCUGCGACGGUUCUCAUCGACGCUGCCUUGUGUGUGCUGUUCAUCCUCGUCCCAGGCAAACGACUGUAG